AAUUCGAUGUCUUUGCAAAAUACUGUGCAGACAGUAGGCCCUACUGAGAAGUGACAACAUGCUGAAAAACAACGACAGAGAAUUGGCAAGAAUAUGUAUACUGUAUCUUUUAUGGAAGCGGAAGAAGAAUAAGACUAAACAAAGGAGACGAUUUUGGGUGCGUGAAAUAUUUCAAGAAAGAGAUUUACAUGGCCAGUUUAAAACAACAUUCUUAUCAUUGAAAGCCACCGACCGAGAAUAUUUUUUCAGGUAUUCUCGUAUGAGUCCUGAGAGGUUUGAUCACUUGUUGAGUUUAAUACAACAUCUUCUGGAGAAAAAAACAACAAAACUAAGGAAACCAAUCAGUGCUGAAGAAAGACUAAUAAUAACGUUGAGAUACCUAGCUACUGGCGAUCAACAGAGUUCGCAGUCAUUUAACUUCUUGGUUGGUAGGUCCACUGUCUGCAAAAUAAUCAGAGAGACGUGCCAAGCAAUCUGGAGUGUGUUGCAGCCAUUAUAUAUGGCAAUGCCACACACUUCCGAUCAUUGGAAAAACAUAGCUCAAGCCUAUGAAGAUACUUGGAACUUUCCUCAUGUCAUUGGAGCAAUUGACGGCAAACAUAUCAAUAUUGAAUGCCCAAAAUUCGGAGGUUCAAUGUAUUAUAACUACAAACAGUUCCACUCGUCCGUUCUUUUGGCAUUAUGUGAUGCCAGGUAUGCGUUCACCUACGUCAAUAUUGGUAGUUAUGGCGGUAUGAAUGAUGCCAGCAUUUUUAAUCGAUCAAAGUUGUAUGAAGAACUUCAAAAUGGCACAUUUCCCUUGCCAGUACCAGAAAACUCAAGACCAUAUUUUAUUUUGGGGGAUGAUAUAUUUCCCCUCAAACCCUGGCUAAUGAAACCGUAUUCAGGAAAAGAUUUGUCCUUCAAAUCAAGGGUGUUCAAUUACAGGCUCAGGAGAACAAUUGAAAAUUCAUUUGGGAUUCUAGCAGCGCGUUGGAGGAUAUUCCGUCGCCCAAUCCGUGCCGAUAUUAGCACAGUUGAUGACAUUAUUAAAGCCACGUUGUGUUUGCAAAACUACUUAAUAAAAACAGAAAAUGCUAGAUACAGCCCAAGUGGCUUUGUGGACUGCUAUGAUGGAGGCGAGCUUAAAGAAGGAGAGUGGCGCAAUGUGGUAGAAGGUGACAACGGCAUGGGAGCAUUACAGGCAAAUCGUGCUAAUAACUAUUCAUUUGAUGCUAAAAUGAUCAGAGACAAUCUGCGUGAAUACGUAAACUCUUUAGAUGGGUCAGUAGCAUGGCAAAAUGAAACAGUUUCAUAUUGUGGACGAAAGACAUAGUCUUUCAGCCAUCUCAUGGAUUUCCAGAUGGAACAUGAACACUCGUUAAAGUAAAUUACUGUAUAAUUUCUUUUUAUGACAGACUACAUACAUUUUGACUUAAAUUGAUAAAUCAAAACCAUGUUGUAGCUUAUUAUAUUUAUUUAUACUUAUUUUUUUUAAAGAUCAUCAGAGAUGGGCAGAAAAAAUAACAUUUUAUUGGUGAAUGUAAACUGUAUAUACAGUAAUUAAGAAGAAAUAUACAUAUCUUAUUUUUGAGAUAUUGAGGCAGCAGUGGGCAUAAUCAAAAUUAAAAAAAAAAACUUUUCUGAAAUAUUUGUGACAGGGGUGUGCUAAUUUGCCACUAAAGUUUUAUGUUUAUUCAAAACCAUUAUUAGCAGUUGAUACAAAUGGGUUUGCUUAAAAAAAAGACUAAAUCUGCUUUGCAAAAAUUUAUAUACUGUAUAUAUAAGAUUAAAUGGUACUACUUGAUCCAUAUUAGGAUCGGAGUGUUAGUCUCUAUGUUAAGAGAUAUGCAAUAUCUAAUGUUUAUGACAAUUUUUUAUCAGUGGUUUGUAUGUUAUAAUAAAUGUUUAUUUAACAUAUAGUAUCUAGAAA